GUUAACCAAAAAAGACACUAUAUACGAAAAAGCCAAAAAAAAAAAAAAAAAAUGAAUUGCAACAAGACCAUAGCAGUUCUGAUCGUCUUCGUUUUAGUAAUUACGUUAGGAAUAGCACUAAUACUAUUGGUAGCAAGUGAUGAUGGCAACAAAGUCAGGACCAUUAUCGGAAUCGAUCUAGGUAGUACCAAUACUAUAUCCUACAUGAGUGCUAACAACAACAAGACCUAUUGCUCAGAAGAGCGACUAAACGACGACUACAUGUGGAAGUGGGGCUUCCCAUCUUGGGUUUCUUUCACCGAUUCUGAGCGACUUGUAGGACUGGACGCCAAGAAUCAAGCACCUGUCAAUGCAAACAGAACCAUUUUCAACAUUAAUCUUCUCAUUGGAAGGAAGUUUGAUGAUCCACAACUUCACAAAGAUAUCAAAUUUUUGCCAUAUAAAGUGGUUAACAAGUAUGGCAAACCUUACAUCAACGUGAAGGUUAAAGAUCACUACAAGCUGUUUAGUCCUGAGCAAAUCAUUGCGUUGAUACUGCGCCACAUGAAGCUCGUGGCCGAAGCUCAUCUAGGGCACAGAAUCAAAAAUGCUGUCAUCACUGUUCCUGCUUAUUUCAAUGAUGCACAGAGGCAGGCUACAAAAGUUGCAGCCAAAAUUGCAGGGCUUAAUGUGGCUCGAAUGAUCAAUAAGUCCACGGCUGCAGCCAUUGGCUAUUAUCUAAAAUUGAAAGGAAAUAUCAACGUUUUGGUAUAUCACUUUGGUGGUCGUACAUUCGAGGUUAGCGUCUUGACUAUAAAAAAUGGAGUAAUUGAGGUUGUCUCCGAGAAUGUUGACACACGUUUGGGAGGAGAGGAUAUUAAUGACAGAAUGAUGGACUAUUUAAUCCAUCUGAUUAAGGAAAAGCACAACAAAGAUAUCAUAGACAAUAACAAGGCCCUUGAAGAGCUACGAAAUGAAUGUGAAAGAACAAAGAGAUUAUUCAGUAUCAAACAAAAGCUCGAGUACUUUACACGAGUGAAGAUUUAUCUUGAUGGUAUUUGUUUCUCAGAAGUAUUAACACUGGAUAAAUUUGAGGAGUUGAAUGACUUGUUAGGAAAGAAUAUGACAACGGCUAAGAAGGUUUUGGAAGAGUCAGUUAUGAAGAAAUCAGGCAUUCAUGAGAAUGAAGUUGUCUCCAAAAAUGGUGACACCCAUUUGGGAGGUGUGGAUAUUAAUGGUAGGCUGAUGGAUUAUUUUAUCCAUCUGAUGAAGGAAAAGCACAAUAAAGAUAUUAGCAACGAAGACACGGUCCUCGAAAAGCUUGGAAUGGAAUGUGAAAGAGCAAAGAAAAGAAUGAGGACAUUUUACUUUCGGAAGUACAAAGAUGAUAUACGAGUGAAGAUUGAUGGUAUUGAUUUCACAGAAGAAUUGACACUGGCUAAAUAUGAGGAGUUGAACCAGGACUUGAUUGAGAAGACUAUGACAAGGGUGAAGAAGGCUUUGGAAGAUUCAGGUAUGAAGAAAUCAGAUAUCCAUGAGAUUGUUCUGUCUGGAGGGAGUACAGAAAUCGGUAUGGUAAGAAGGCUUUUGAAAGACUUCUUCGAUGGGAAAGUGCCAUGUAAAGGUCUCAUGCCUGAUCAUGUUUGUGCCUUUGGCGCUGCAGUUGAAGGUGAAAACAUUAGCAGAAAAGAAGAAAAUCAAAGCCAAGGCAAUUUUCAUACAGAUUUUUGACAUCAUUUGUGAGAAAUAAUACUGAUUUUUUUUUUUUAUCCUAUCGCUUUUUGUCCCUUUGGUUACAAUAACAUGUUUUGAAAAUUCAAAAUCAAAAGCAGUAAUUCAUAUGUUUCCUCCAACUAUACAAAUAGUGUGCUGCAUUGUUAUCAUUAUGGUGGACAACAUCGACAUGGAGCAAUAUUGUAUGGGGGCAAGGGAAAUGCAAGAAAUUUAAAAUAUAAAGAGAUAUUUUGAAGACAAAGAAUUAAAUGAUGUUCACUUCUAGAGAGAAUCAAAAGCAUUUGCAACAUGAUGAGCUAAUUUUGAUUUUGAAGACAGAAGACUCGAAUAAUGAUUUUGAUUCCGAAGACGAAGAU